UGAACUUUUUAGAGAAAUCAGAAUUGUACCUUUGGUGACUGGUUAGAUGUGGCAUAUCUGGACAAGUGGUAUAAAUAAAGUGCUUCUAUAAGGAUAUUUUAUCCAAAAUGUAAAUUCUUAACAGUAUGAGUGAAUAUUUUUUUUGUGAGGUAAAGCCUUUAUUUAAAAGCCUCCCCUCAUGAAAACAACAUUGCUCCAAAUGCUGUUGAGAGGUUUAAUUCAGUGUAAUAUAAACCUGAAAAGCUUGUUCCUUAAUUACUAACUAGAUCCAAACCCGAUAGUCGGAUUUAUUAACCAUGCAGAGAGUUCUGUGAAGUGAAAAUAACAUGAACAGUACAGUCAUGGGUUUCAAACAACAGUUUGUGCGAAUAAAAUGCAACGUUUUGUCCAUGUAGCUUGAAACUAAUCAAACCUAGAACUAAUAAAAAACGAAUACCAAGGCAGUAUUUAAAAUGUAAAUGACUUUAGUUUGUGAAGUAAAUGUAAGUACGUGUGGUGUUCCUUUACCUGUACGUGUCUGUGUCAUUUGUGUGUCAUGGGUGGGUCUUACAAAGUUACACACACACCUGUUAAUGUCUGGACUGUGUGAAGAGCUGAAGAUUAAAAAACAUGAGCUUACCAGACUGUAAAUCAACUGGAAAACAGUCCACAUCUCCUGUUAAGGCGAAAUCUCAGGUUGUACAGCUCAAUAUUGGGGGUCAUGUCUUCAGCACAACUCUUGCGACCAUUCGUAAGUUCCCAGACUCCACACUGGCAGACCUGUUUAAUGGGUCAUCCAACGCUCGGAUGGAUUCAGAGGGUCGUUACUUCAUCGAUCGUGACGGGACUCACUUUGGGUAUAUCCUCGCGUACCUCAGAACGGAGAACCUUCCUACCCAACACUUACAGGAAGUGCAUCAAGAUGCAUUGUACUACAACAUCAAACUUCUUGUCAAAGCCAUCGAGGAGACACCGCAGUUUUUCGGCGAGAAGGUGGGAAGACAGCAGUUCUUGAACCGUGUGCCCAAUUACCGUGAAAACCUAGAGGUGAUUCUAAAAGUAGCCAGAGCAGAAGCCAUCGCCUCACGAUACUCCACAAUAAUUGUGUGUGUUGUCAAGACCGACGAUGAUUUGGCCAGAUACAAAGAUGCUAUUGACAGUCUCGGCGCCCUAAAAGAAUCUGUGGUGACCUUCGGUCCGUGGAAAGCUCCAGCUUCAGGGGUGGACCUGUUAGAUUGCAUUAAAUUGGACAUAGAAGCCAAAGGAUAUAACGUUAAAAUCCACCCUCACAGCAAAGCGUUUCUCUUCAAGAGCAACGACUUCUUCUAUAAACUGACUUUCACAUGGUGGUGAUUUAUGUGAGCUCCAACAUAUAGGCCAAGUGCCUCCUGGAAAUGGGGAUUUGAGAAGUGAAUUAAAGGUAUCUCAUAUUAAUCUUGAGUACCUAUAGAGUAGCAUUGCAUACUUCGUAUCUUCAAAGAGUAUUUAGUUUGAUCACAUUUAUAAAAGAUAGACAGAGCUUUACGAUUAUUUCUGAUGACCUCCUGGGGUUUGCGGGGAGGAACUAAAUCACGAGCACACAACACAUCAUCGCAUUCGCGUUUUUUGACAAGUUGACCGUGUUGAGCAUGAAAUGGCAGCGCAUUUUACAUUGUUAAGAAAUCAAAAUGCAUGAAACAGAAUCUCCAUUUGUAAAAUCUAUGGCAAGAUCUGUUCUUUGAGCUGAAGCAACAGUGUGAGUGACAGACUUUCUUUUCUGAAACUGGGCAAUUCCAUGAAAAUGUCAACCUUACCAUGAAAAAAAAAAGUUUUAACAGCGAUUUUUACUAUGGUAACUGUACAGAUAUUAACAUUUGGUGGUUCAAAUACCCAUGUGAGAUCUCUCUUCAAAUUUGUAAAGAAUUUGUUUUAUUUUUAGUGCAUGAUUUUUCAUAGUCAGGUAAGUGCCAUUUUCAGGAUUUUCACAUCCAUAACGCUAAAUAUUCCUCAUAAAUGGACACAUGAAAUACAAAAUAAAGUAAAUAUUUUCUGUUCUAUAAAGAGGAGUCCCUUCUCCAUUUAUUGGGUAUUAUUGCUUCAGGAUUGUGCAUUUUAUUUUACAGUAAUCCUACAGUUAAUCGUCUCACAAUUUUUUUUUCUUAGACUGACAUUUUUUGAUGUUUAGACUCUAUCUACAAGGGUUCAGUAAAAUAUGAACAGAUGGUUCAAUAUAAUCGUAACAAAUUUAUUCUCUGAGAAUUUUUAUGUCACAUCCAUCGCACAAAAUGUCACGUCCAUAACGCUGGAAUUGCCCAACUGGCCUCCCUUGUGUAAUAUUGACUUAAGUUGUACUGUCCCUUCUUAUCAUAUAACAUUCUUUGAAUAAUCACAUAAAGUAAUAAAAGGAUAUCUCCAUCACUGCAAUUUUGUCUUGAUACUGUAAAUAUUGACGUAGAUUUCUGCAAUCUUAAAUGUUUUGAAUGUGUGCUUUUAAAUGCCAAUUGCCCAAAAAAAUCCAGGAUCCUUUGUAUAAUUUGUGCAUUAAAACUGUUGUUUCACAUCACUGGUCUGUCAAAAUUCAGCACUAAGUAAACAUAAUUAAAAACUUAAAAUCGUA